AACCAGCGAUAACGAAGCUCGAAAAGGCAAUAAGGGUAAAGAGCCCGUUGUUUCCUAUCAGCGCCGUUAUCAGAAAAUGCCAGUUAUGGAACUUUGGAAGCUCCGCAAUUCCGGAUCGUCGCUGUGUUAACCGAUUUCGUUGCGAUCGUCGGGCUAAAGGGUCCCAUUCAUGUGUCUAUGACUCAUUGCUCCGCAUAUUCACAGGCCUUGGCGUUUAG